AUGCAGCUUACCUUUGCUUUCUUCGCGGGUCUCUCGUCCACCGGUGCCCUGGCGCUGGUUGUGCCAAACUCGACGGCCCUAGCGCUGGCCAUGUCCAACUCGACGGCCCUGACACCGGCUGGGCCGAACUCGACGGCUCUGGCGCUGGUCAUGCCCAACUCGACAGCCGUGGCACCGGCUGAAUCCAACUCGACGGCCUUGGCUCUCGUCAUGCUCAACUCGACGGCCGUGGCACCGGCUGUGCCCAGCUCGACGGUCAUGGCUCUGGUCAUGCCCAACUCGACGACCCUUGGCUUCCCAGGACUUAAUCAUGUGCAGAGCCGCAACGCAAAGGCGGCCAUUGACCAGGUUCGCGCCGAGGCUCUGAACAGACAGGCUUGCCUGGCGGUCAUUAGCACCGCUCUCCAGGAGUCUGAACUCCAGAUCUACGCCAACCCCGUUGUCCCUGCCUCGAUGAACUACCCCCACGACAAGGUUGGAGGUGAUCAGGACAGCAUUGGCAUGUUUCAGCAGCGCGCCGAGUUCUACUCUGAUGUUGCUACGGACAUGUCUGCUGCUGGAAGCACUCGCCUAUUUCUUGCCGACAUGAAAGGCAUCGCGGGCUGGCAGACAAUGGAAGUCUCUGCUCUAUGCCAAGCCGUUCAGAAGGCACAGGCAGGAAACCUGUACGGCCAGCGCAUUCCCCUUGCUGAGCAGGUCUGCAGCGCUGCUGGAUUUUGA